AGUGCACGCCUUAUGUACCGUUCUUGGAGCGUUGACAAAUGGGUUGGUCUUUUUCCACUAUAUAUAUCGAGGCGUGCUUCUCUGCCCCGGGACUCAGCUCCAAAGCGAAACUCAAAUCGAAGCGCAAUUCCUAGAGCUCUUUCCUCUCCUUCGUCUUCUCCUCAAACGUCCCCCGAAGCUGCGCGGUUCGGGUUCGGCGUCGAUUCCUUGUUUCUAUCCGGGUAAUCGGCGCGUAUCUAAGUGCUCUCGUUUCCGGCCGGCGAAUCUGGAAACAUGAGCAACAUCGAGAGGCCGAGGCUCAAGGUCAUGUUCGAUUUGAUCUACGAUAGAGGUUAGUAAAGAUCAGGAGCCUAGGAAGGGCAAAAGGGAGUAGUCCUCGUGUGCACCUUGAUUUCAUCCGUGUGUGGCAGCUGAUUAGUUCGAGAAAUAAAGCGAGUGUUGUUGUGCGUUCUUGAUUUCAUCCAACGUCCAAAAGUUGUUCUCUCUCUCUCUCUCUUUCGCACAAUCAAACUUGCCUUGUCUGUAACAAAUAUGGACGAGACAAGGAGAAAGCCGAAGAGGGGUCUGAUUUUCAAGACGUGGGAGCGAUGCAAGACCCUCGGCCGAGCCGGCAAGAGCUCCUCCAACCCGAGGUCGACGCACGGCCCGAGCCUCGCCAAGAAGAGCAGGUCUUGGAACGGGUCGCGGCCUAGCUCGUUCAAGGAGGGCGACAUGCCGAGCCGCCACGGCAGCGUCAAGCGGCGCGCCGCCGUCCCCGGGGGCUGCUUCUCGGUCUACGUGGGCCCCGAGAAGCAGAGGUUCGUGGUGAGGACGGAAUGCGCCAACCACCCCUUGUUCCAGAUGCUGCUCGAGGAGGCCGAGUCCGAGUUCGGGUACAGCAGCGGGGGUCCCAUCGAGCUCCCGUGCAACGUCGACCUUUUCUACCGGGUGUUGACCGAGAUGGACUGCAACGGGGAUGUGGACGGCAGCGCUGGGGGGAGGCGGCUCGGGUGCGGUUACGGGGUCGCCGCGUACCAGCUCCUGAGCCCGGCUCGGACGAUUGCCGUGGGCCAUCAUUACUAGUUUUUAACUAUGGCUUGUAGCGUUGAUUAUCAUAAGGUCAUUAUAUUAUCCGGUCAUGUAUGUGAACAAAAACAACCAAUGUUAGUUCCAUACCAGUUUCGUAUCAAGAGAUGAGCAGAUGCAACUAGCAAUCUGUGUUGUAAAUUGUAAUAUCAUGUCAUAUUAUAUGUCGAUAUAUUCCACUAUUAUAUAAGAGUGGUUUACCAAAAA